CCAUGCAUCUCUAACGAUGAAAAAUCACACAGAAGAAGGAGGCUCGCAACACUUCCGGCGAUUGGUUGAUGAUAAAACACCAAUAUAAAACACUAGAAUUGUGUUAAUCCGUCUAAAUUGUUAUUAAGAUCACAGCUAAAAUUGGUCUUGUGAAAUACUGUACUAACUGUAUUGUAAAUGCGGUACAUGUUGGUUGAAACAACGUACGAAACCUGCUGAUACGUUUGAUGGCUCGACCAUGACAGCGAUGCAGACCACGCACAGUCACACACCUCAAAGUACAUACAGUCCCCAUGAACUGGCUUUGGAGAUAAAGGCCUUCAUCAGCGGGGUCGACCAGACGCAGGGACGCAAGCUCAGCGUGCGCGACCAUGCCCGCUGUGCCGUCCGACUGCUGUGCACGGUGCCCGCGUGCCGUGGCGCCGUGUUGGAGCACCUACGGGGCGUGUACGACGAGUACGUCGCGGCCUUUCUGCAAGACCUCGAGAUGGAGCGCGACGGUGAGGGUGGCGGCAGCAGCCUGGAUUCUAACCUGGAGGAUGUGAUCAAGGAGAUCCACUCAGUGCUGUUGGAGUUCAUCCGUCUGAACCCCAAGGCCUGGGCCCCCCUGGUGGCCACCUGGGCUGUGGACCUGCUGGGCCAGCUGAGCAGCAAGCAUGCCGGGCGGAGGGCAGCACCCCACUCCUCAAGCCUUAACGAGCUGCUGCAGCUGUGGAUGUCCUGCGCCGCCACCCGCUCCCUGAUGGAGAUCUACUCGCAGUGCCUGGCGGCCAUGUUGGCCUGGUGCCCGGACGCCUGCGUGGACGCCCUGCUGGACACCUCCGUGCAGCACUCGCCGCACUUCGACUGGGUGGUGGCGCACAUCGGCUCCGCCUUCCCCGACACCAUCAUCAGCCGCGUGCUCGCCUGCGGCCUCAAGGACUUCUGCUCGCACGGCCACCACCCGCCGGGGUUGGGGGCUGAGAUGGGUGGCCCGGGGGCCAGGGCCAGCCCAACGGCCUCCCUGUCCGGAAUAGGAGGAGGAGGAGGAGGAGGAGGCAUGGACAAGAGCAACCGAGUUCCCAAAAUAGGCUCAGUGGUGGGCAUUCUCGGCCACUUAGCCUCGCGCCACUCGGACAGCAUCAAACGAGAGAUCCUGAGGAUGUUGCACGACAGCAUGUCCCCGCCGUCGUCCCAGCCCCCGCCCAGCAGUGCGCCGUCUGGGAGCAGCUGGGAGACCUCGCCGCACCUCCGCCGGGCGGCCGUGCCCUUCCUCCUCCAGCUCAUCGCCCUCUCGCCAACCCUGCUGGGCGCCGUGUCCGCCGAGCUGGUGGACUCGCUCCGGCCGCCGGUGCUGCUGCAGCUGCACUCCCAGCUGCAGGCUCUGCCGCGGGAGGAGCUGGAGAACCUCCUGGGCCUGGCCGUGCACCUGAUCAGCCAGUUCCCCGCCGGCGGCGCCAAGGUGUUGCGCUUCCUGGCCGACACGGCCACGCCGUCCUCCGUCAUCAUCUCGGGCCCGUCGCCGUCGCCGCACGAGGGGGUGCGCGAGAGCUGCGACCGCCUCCUGCAGAUGCUGCUGAUGCACCUCCACAAGCUGGUCUACAGCCGGCCCGACGGAGACGAACCCUACGCCCACUCGUCAUCUUCCUCCUACUCCUCCUCCUCCUCCUCGUCAUCGUCGGUGCCGUCCACCACGCGGGUCAUCCCCUUCCUGGACGAGCUCCAGGGCCACAUCGCCGACCUCUGCGGCGAGACGCUGCGGCUGGAGCGCAAACGCCACCUCUGGCUGCACCAGCUGCUGUGCCUGCUGUCCGUCUACGGCGGCCCCAGCGUGGCCACCGAGGCCCUGUGCCACCUCCUCACCCUGGCCCGCAACCCCGAGGAGCUGGCGCUGGCCUCGCAGCUCCACGCGCCGCUCUCCGGCACGCUGCCGGGCCUGAUCCCGGCCGCCGUGGCCCGCUGCGUGGCCCAGAUCCACACGCAGAACCUCAGCAGCCGCGAGCUCAGCCAGCUGCUCAACAACCUGGCCACGGCAGUGCAGAGCCAGGAGGACGACCGCAAGGGAGGUGCAGGUGGUGUUGGUGGUGGUGGUGGAGGAGGUGGUGGUGGAGGAGGUCUUGGUGGUGGUCCAUCUGCUGCUGCUGCUGCGUCAGCGCAGGCCUCCAUGUCCGUCCAAGUCGGCGCGGCUGUCUCCAACCACCUCCACGACUUCUGCCCGUUGCUCCUGCACGGCGAUCACCUCGUCUCCAGAGCCGCGGCUCGACUGCUAUCGUGCAGCCAGCUCCCGCGCAGCGCCUCCCCGGCCCACAUGCUGGUGAUCGCCAGGGCCGCCGUGGCCCACUUCUUCCUGGCCCUGCGGCAGAGGGGCCUGGGCGUGGGCGGCGGCGGGGCGAGGGACGGAGGGAGGGGCAGCAACGAGUCGGUGACCUAUUCCAUGCGGCUGUUGUCCAGGCUGGCCGCUUACUCCCCGCUCACCCUCAAGGCGGUGCUCCAGCAGCUGGUGGAGGGCGCGCUGCACAGGGGCCACGCCGAUCUGUUCGGGGGCCAAACCACGGGGGAAGACGGGACCAUCUCGCCCUCGGCCGUCCCGGACAUGGGUCCGUCACUGUUGGACAUCAACUGCAAGUUUGGCACCACCGUGAACUUCUCGGGCAGCGUGUGGUCGGUGUUCCACACCGGCGUGAUCGGGAAAGGCCUGAAGCCCCCCAACAUGUCCACGCAACUGGACCCGGACAAGGUCACCCAAAACCUGCAGACGUUGCUGGCCGUCACGGUGCAGUGCUGCAGCGCGGCCGGAGGCGGCUCGGGGGGCAACGCCGGCAACGGGUCGGCGACGGGACCCUCCAACGGCGGCCGCUUCAAGCAGCAAACCGUCGACCUGGACGAACCCGCCCCGAUAAACGCCGAAGCGGCCAAGGCCAUCGCCGUGGCUCUGGUGGAGAACAUCUGCCCGGAGGUGACCAACGGGGAGCUGGCGUGGCCGCCCGAAGAGCACGCCAAGACCACGGUGGAGCGGGACAUCCACAUACGCCGCGUCUUCGAGGCCAACCCCAUCCUGUUUCACCUGCUGCGCGUGGUGGCGGCAGGGCGGCCUGCCCUCUGCUACUGCUCCGUGGUGCUCAGGGGACUCCUCGCCACCCUCCUGUCCCACUGGGAGUCCUCUCGGGAGCCCCUGGUGGUGGACUCCCCCUGGCACCUCCAGGCCUCCUGCCUGCUGGUCUCCUGCAUGGGGGAGGGCCAGCUCCUGCCCCCCGUCCUCAGCAACAUUCACGAGCUCUUCCCCCACCUCACCCCCUUUGAGGUCAGGCUGCUGCUGGAGGGUGUAUGGGAGUACAUGCGCGGCAACAGCCCCAUGCCCCAGAAGUUCACCUUCAGCGCGGAGAAAGGACUCUUCUAUCGGGAUUUCUCCCGGGACGGAGACGUGGCACGUUACAUGGCCCCCAUUCACAGCGUCCUGCAUAAGAACAUUGACCAGCUCGGCCACCUGUGCUGGAGGUUCCAGGUUUGAUCACGAAUAGGGCUCAUAGGAAAAGCAUUCUGGAAGUCAAUUAUGGUCAGCCUGGAUUUAUUAGUUACAAGUCAGUGUCACAUAUUCCUGAUGACCUUUAUUUGUUUUAGGUGUCCAAUUCAACCAGACUGCCAAAUUGAAUGAUCGCUUGGUUGAAUUGGAUUGGUAAAGCCAGGAUAUUUGGAACAUAUGGAAUUGGAUUACACUAAUGAACCCAGGUUGCCCAUCACUGCUAGGAGCUUUAAUAAUAUUUCAAUGUUUUUGUUGUUGUUACAAGGAGGUGAUAUGCUGGAGUGCCAUUGUCUUUUUUGUGUGUGUUUUUUUUUCUUUGUAAACACCUGCUUACAUUGCUGACUGUACCACUCAUGCCGUUGGACGUUUUGUCUUUUACACACUUUUUAUGUAGUAGGUAUAAUGAUGCUCUUUAAUACAAGCAAUUAACUUUGUAUUUCUCUAACAACUAUACUGUUAGGUAGUAAGUAUGCCUUUGUUUUACUCUGAAACAUUUGAUACAUAUUUCUGCACAAUUCUGUGAAAAAUAAAGAGUUGCCAGACUUUUGUAAGUGUUUCAACUACACUCCAGACAUCCCUCAGUGACAAUGUCAUUAAAGAAAUG